GCACCGUGUGAGUGACUGUGUAUGCUUAAGAGAGAGAGAGAGAGGAGAGAGAGAGUAACAAAACAUAUACACACUUGUUUUUGCACAUGCCGAUUGCAGAAACCCUUCUCUUCUUCUUCUUCUCCCUCGAAUCGAAAUCCUGAUGCUGUUUUAAUUGAAUAAUCUGGAAAGAAGUAGAGGCAGCUAAGCUAAGCUUACCUAAAUUCCUAUAAAGAGUUCGAUUUGACGGAUCUCAAGAUCUAGCGCGUCUCGCAAUCUCCGAAAGAUCGAUCUCUGUCGUUUUCGUCUACUGUGCGACUUGUUGGGCGGAUCCGACGCGGGAAGGCCGUAAUUUCACUAAAGAAAGAAAUAAAGGGAAGCAAUCAGACAGAUUGACAAAACUAUAUCCUCUCUUUGACGGAUCUACAGAUCUACCGCCGGAUCUCCGUCCUCAACCCACCACUGUAUAUUAUUAUUAUUAUAAAGAGAUAGGUUCACUCUGUCUGUGCCUGGUUUGGAUGUCAAGGCAAUAAGGUAAAGCCGUGGUGAAAUGAGGGAUGUUAUCAAGGUUGAUGAACUUUUUCAAGGCCUGUUGGCAGCCAUCAGGGAAGAAUCAAGCGCAAUCUGGGUCAAAUAUAGCUGGCAAGAAAGAUGGGCUCCUCUGGUACAAAGACAGCGGCCAACAUCUAUUUGGUGAUUUCUCCAUGGCUGUAGUACAGGCUAACAAUCUGCUCGAAGAUCAGAGUCAGAUUGAGUCAGGUAGCCUGAGCUUGCUCGAUUCUUCUCCAUAUGGAACCUUUGUAGGAGUAUACGAUGGCCAUGGCGGGCCUGAAACAUCACGUUAUGUUAACGAACACCUCUUCCAGAAUCUCAAAAGGUUUGCAUCUGAGCAAGGGUCAAUGUCUGCUGAAGUCAUUCGGAAAGCAUUUGAAGCUACAGAAGAAGGAUGGUUGGUUUCAGUUGUUGCUAAACAAUGGCCUAUAAAACCUCAGAUAGCUGCUGUUGGUACUUGCUGUCUCGUUGGUGUAAUCUGCGAUGGAACGUUAUAUAUUGCCAACCUUGGCGAUUCCCGUGCUGUUUUGGCUAGACUGGUUAAGGCUACAGGUGAGGCUCUCGCCAUUCAGCUUUCGGCAGAGCAUAAUGCAAGCAUCGAGUCUGUUAGACAAGAACUGCAUUCCAUGCACCCUGAUGAUUCACAUAUCGUAGUCUUAAAGCAUAACGUUUGGCGUGUAAAGGGCCUGAUUCAGAUCUCUAGAUCCAUUGGUGAUGUAUACUUGAAGAAGGCUGAAUAUAACCGCGAGCCACUGUAUCAAAAGUUUAGACUUCGAGAGCCCAUUAAAAAGCCAAUACUGAGCUCAGAUCCAGCUAUUACAGUGCAAGAAAUUCUACCAGACGACCAGUUUCUGAUAUUUGCAUCGGAUGGGCUGUGGGAGCACUUUAGUAAUCAAGAAGCAGUAGACAUUGUGCAAAACCAUCCUCACAAUGGAAGUGCUAGGAGGCUGGUGAAGGCUGCUCUUCAAGAAGCAGCAAAGAAAAGAGAGAUGAGGUAUUCUGACCUAAAGAAGAUUGAUCAAGGGGUGAGGCGUCAUUUUCACGACGAUAUUACUGUUGUGAUUGUAUUUCUUGAUUCUAAUCUCGUGAGCAAAGCCAGCAGCAGCACCACCAACAGAGGCCAAACCAUCACAAACCUGUCCUUGAGAGGGGGUGGAAUCAUCGGUUUCCCCCCUGCCAAAAUUUGAAGUCAAAUCGAACCCUAAAAACCUUCUAAUCAUCGGUUUUCCCACGAAUUCUCAAUUUCCAAAUGUUGUGCAAACCUACCUUCUUCGGAACUUCUUGUUGAUGAGAUUAAUUCUUUAUUUGUAUUAAUAUGUGUAGUAGUAACAAUUUAACGUUUUGCUACUGAUGAUGUUGCUUUUAUCAUAAUAGAUGUUAUUUUACUGGUUUUUUUUU